GUACAUUCUAAAUUACGAUUUGCACAACGGUCUAUCAUCAAAGAUGGCGGGAGCCUCCGACCCACUGGAGGACAUGCUCUUCAAUGAGGUAGACGAAAAAGCUGUAAGCGACUUAGUGGGCUCUUUGGAAUCGCAACUUGUCAGCCAAAAGACUUCGCCCGCCACAUAUUCUAAUAUCAAGCGAGAAGGAUCUACGGGCGCUGUUAGCCAGUUCUCAGGGAAACUGCGUGAUCAAGCGGGGUCUCUGGAGCCGCCACAACAAGGACACCCAAAAGCGGCGUUAAACGCGGAACCCAUCGCGAAUCAGGCGAUGUCCAAUAAGAUUAUCAGCGCUUCUGCCUCUUCCAUCACUACUGGGGGUGUUUUAAACGCUGGUACCAAUAUACAAACAUAUGGAGCCGCAUCUCAAACCAUUUCCACCGCACCACCAGGAUCGGUAACUUUGCCUGCUCAGUCGACUAGCUUCAACAGAGGGACUGUUUUGGGUCCUGCUGGCACAUCGGUGGUGACUGUUCCCAAUCCAAACAUCACAACAACAACAACAACAACAACAACUAUCAGGACUGUUUCACCUGGUUUACAGAGUUUGAACGGUAACACUGGAGCUGUGAAGUUGGUCAACUCGCCAGCAGCUUCCCAAGUCGGGUCAGGCAGCAGCACUGUUGUAAGUACUGUCAGUGCGGGCAAUUCCAAUAUCAUUGUGUCCAUGACUUCACAACCUCCUUCUCUGCCAAACUUUACUGGACCUCAACAAUCUGCAGUGGCUACUACUCCCACUAUUGCAUUGCAAAGACAGCCCAGCCCCAUGGCCAUUGCCUCACAGAAUGGAGUAAUAGACCCCAAGGUUUCUGCAGUGGUCACACAGGGUGCAGGUUCCCUAGGGGCCACCACCUCUCAGGUCAUGAACCACAGCAACACUCUCAUGCACACUAAAAUGGUGGCACCCAACCAGCCAGUCUCUGCUGGCCAAUCAAUAAUUCUCGGAGGGUCUCCCCCUCCUGUUGUUGUUAACUCACCAAUAAGCCAGCCACAGAGUGUGGCGAGUCCCACUCUCACAGCUGGGGUGAAACCAACUGUUAAUGGAGUUGGUCAGCCCACAGUGACCAUCGUGAGGCCCCCCGGUGCUGCUGUGAUGACCACCCCCGUACAGCAGCAGAGACCUGGGCUGUUAGCAAGUACCACGAGGACUGCUGCACCACAGCUGGCCGUCAGACCACCACAAAAGACCACCAUUCAGUUACCCCCUGGAUUUACCAUACCACCCGGUAUGGUGCUGGUGCGUACGGACACGGGCCAGCUAGUGAUGGUGACUCAGCAGGUUCUAGCCCAGGCCCAGGCUAAGACCCAACAAGGCCAGGCUGCUGUCUCCAACAUCUCCCCCCAGCCUGGAAUCCCCACCGCUGGGGCCAACAUCAGAGUUAGCACUCCCAGCCAGGCCCCUGGUACGCCCCAGGCUGUCCGUCUGGCGUCCCCUUUCCAGGCAAGAAUGGCCCAGUCCCCCUCUCCCUCUAGCCCUGCUAUACAGAAGGCCAUAACCGUGGCACCUGCGGGUGCGUCUGUGUCAGUGAAAAUGACCACCCCUCAGAAGGCCCAGUCUGUGAUCACAGGGGGCCAGGCCUUGGUCAAGCCUGGUGCUGUACGGCCCACUAUCAACCUGAACACUGCAGCAGCCAGUGCCUCUGGAGCCCCUAUUGCAACAGUCUCCCAGGAAAUGCAAGAGAAUGUGAAGAAGUGCAAGAACUUCCUGUCCACCCUGAUCAAGCUGGCGUCCCACAACUCCCCCUCCCCUGACACAUCUAAGAACGUCAAGACCCUGGUGCAGGAUCUACUGGAUGCUAAAAUCGAGCCUGAGGAAUUCACCACGAGUCUGCAGGCUGAGCUGAAAUCCUCUCCACAGCCGUACCUCAUCCCCUUCCUCAAGAAAAGCCUCCCUGCCCUGCGGCUGUCCCUUCUCAACAACCAGCAGUCUCUUCUGGCCUCCACCUCCGCUUCUGCCCUUGCCGUCCCCUCCACCUCCACCAUCAGGCCCCGGCUCCCCACCACCAUCAGCCCCGCCACGGGCAUCGUCAGGACACCUACCACUGCCCUGGGUGUGAGAAGACCAGGGGUCCAGGGGGUCCAGACCCGCAUGCCCAUGGUCAUCACUCAGACCAUACGACCGCAAGGCGUAGUUACAAGAGGACCCACUAUUAUCCCAGGCAGAAGUCCUGUGGGCAUUGGUGCCCAGGCCUCUGCCAAUCAGAAGAAGCUGAAUGAGCCUGGAGGUGGGACGUUCAGAGAUGACGAUGACAUCAAUGACGUGGCGUCCAUGGCGGGGGUAAACCUGAACGAGGAAAACGCCCGCAUCAUGGCUACCAACUCUGAGCUGGUGGGCACCAAGAUCCGCUCCUGUAAGGACGAGGCCUUCCUCCCGCCAGGUCUGCUGCACAGACGCAUCAUGGAGGCUGCCAAGAGGUUUGGGGUGACCGAGGUCCCAGCUGAGACAGUGAACUACAUCUCCCAUGCUACCCAGGCCAGGCUGAGAUCCAUGCUGGAGAAAGUGUCCACUAUCGCCCAGCACCGCACCGACGGGGGCAAGGAUGAGGAAUGGUAUGAGCCGUCGACAGACGUCAGGGCCCAGCUCCGCUUUUUUGAGCAGCUGGAAAGGAUGGAGAAACAGAGGAAGGAUGAACAGGAGAGAGAGGUCCUACUCAAGGCUGCCAAGAGUCGCGCCAGACAGGAGGACCCAGAACAAGCUCGGUUGAAGGCGAAAGCUAAGGAGAUGCAGCAGGCAGAGCAGGCCCAGAUCCGACAGCGUGAAGCCAACCUCACUGCCCUGGCUGCCAUCGGGCCCCGUAAGAAACGCAAGAUGGACUCGCCAGGGGGCUCCACAUCGGGCACAGAGGUUGCUUCGGGUUCAGGGGAUGGCUCUUCCACAGCUGCCUCCUCCCGUCAACAGCUCCGUCAGCGGAUCACGCGAGUCAACCUCAGGGACUUUAUCUUCUGCCUGGAGCAGGAGAGGGCCACAUCCAGGUCCUUAUUGCUUUAUAAGGCUCUCCUGAAGUAGGGAAGUCCCCCAGGGUUCAGUACUCAGCACAUUACAAAUCCUUACGGUUCUUCACAGCUCUCCUCUCCUAAAGCUCUCCUAAAGUAUGACAUCCUACAGGGUUUAGUACUCAGCUGGCCCGUUACAAAUCCAUAAGGGUUCUCUAGUCGACCCAAUAGAAAUCUUUACUGUUCUACACAACUCUCCUGAAGUAGGGCGUCCACAAUGGUUCUGUACUCGACCUGAUGCAAAUCCUUACUACUCGGCUCAACUACAAGGCUCUACUCGGCUUACUACAAGGCUCUCUUAACAUAGGGGUAACACAGGGCUCUCUACUGUGCCCAUAACACAUUUGCGAUAAGUAAAGUUUCCCCUUUGCCCCCAUCUCUACACAUGCCUUCAUUCCCAUACCACAUUAUCAUAUAGCCCCCCCAUCUCUACACACACCCUCAUUCCCAUACCACAUUAUCAUAUAGCCCCCCCAUCUCUACACACACCCUCAUUCCCAUACCACACUAUCAUAUAUCACCCCUUGCAUCUGAAGCUAAGCAACCCCACACCACCCUAACCCAGUUGCUCCCAGAUCAUACUGCCCCUUAGGACAGGUACACUGGCUACUCUUUCACUUGGCCACAUCCUUGUUUUUACAUCACGUCUCGUCUCAUUCACUAUCUGUGUGCUUUACAACGCUGAGAGCCUAGAAGCUGGCAGGUGGGCACACAACGCCAUUUUUUUAACCAUGACUCCUAUGUACCUCGAUGCCUUGAGUCUCUGUCCCAAAUUGUUGCGUCGUUCUCAAACAACCUACAGUAGUAAUAUUUAUGUCGGGGUCCUUGCUAUUUAAGCCUAAUGACUCCCCACUAAGGAUGUUACAUCACAUCAUAUAUAGACUUGUACCAACAGGAUUGUUUGGUCACCGUGGUCAGGAUCUGUGCUCUCCAGGGGCCUUAUUUAUCAACUGUGCGUACAUUUCUUACUAAAUUCUGGCAUACCUGGAGAUUGUAGGAUUUCUGGCAUACUUGGAGAUUGUAGGAUUUCUGGCAUACUUGGAGAUUCUAGGAUUUCUGGCAUACUUGGAGAUUCUAGGAUUUCUGGCAUACUUGGAGAUUGUAGGAUUUCUGGCAUACUUGGAGAUUGUAGGAUUUCUGGCAUACUUGGAGAUUGUAGGAUUUCUGGCAUACUUGGAGAUUGUAGGAUUUCUGGCAUACCUGGAGAUUGAUAAAUCCUACAAACUGUCCCAUGCAACAUAUACGCAUGUUUUCAGUGAUAAAUCAGAACCAAGUUACGUAAUAUUUUUUUAACAAAAACGCCCUCAUUAGCUGUAUGAUUUGGAAAUGUUGGAACUGGGCCAUGUCCUUUUCUAAAAGAAAGCUGAAUAUCGAAUUAUAUUACAUUUUUGUAGAGGUGUGGGCAGAGUGUUUUAAUCUUUUGCAGAGACUUAAAAAAAAAAAAAGCAUUCUGCCUAUUGCGAGUACCAAACACUGGUCGUGCAUUCUGCAAGAUUGAUUGUCUAUUGAACAAUUUAAAAGUAAAUGUUGCCUACAGCCCACACGAAUUGUUGUUCAAUAUUUUGUUUAUCAAUACAUGAUUGUGUUUCUGAGAUGAAAUAGGCUAUUAUAUCGCGCUCCUAUCACACAGCAAUACUGUAGACUACCCAUACUGUCAUAGGCUACCAGUCUAUUUGCUUUUGAGCAUGGUUGGCUAUUGAAUGAGCAAUGAAUAAAUGGUAGCCAUUAUUAUAAUUCCUGUGCAUCAAACACCUCAAUUUCCCCCAAAAUAACAAUCUUUGCUUGCAAUACAGUUGAAUGACCAUUAGAAGUUGUACCUACGCAUGGUCUGAGAUUUGCGUGGAGAUGCACUUCAAAUUCAAAAUUGAUAAAUACCAACCUUUGCGGGAAAACUGGCGCACACCAUGUUUAGUCAUUUUUCUGUGCGCACACACCUUUGAUAAAUGAGGCCCCAGGUCAAAACCUACAAACACUGAUCUGCGUUAUGACGUUUUCCCCAACAUAUUGAAGAGGAAGGAACCAUUUCAAAAUGAAAGAUAAUGUUUGCAUUUUAUGUUCUGGGCAAGUACUGAGUUUGGGGGAAAAAUAACUCAUAUUGUAACAUGUUUUAAAGGUAGACUCAGCGAUAUGACGUAGAUGCAGAAAGUGAAUGGCAGUGGGUCAAUUUCCUCAACAACUAAGAGCGUUGAAGCGUGAGGCUCAACUUCUCCCCUGUUUUGGUCCAUCGGCUACCAUGCUUUGAACAGCGUGAAGCGAACCCGUGCACAUGCACAGAUACUGUAUGACUGCAUCUUGCUCAUCUCAAUAUCUGCUGCUCGUGGCAGGAUCAUUUCUCUGAGUCUACCUUUUAAUUUACCAAACCAUAAGGUGAAUGUUGAAGAGAAUCCUAUUGUUUUGAUAGUGGUCAGAUAAAUGUACCAGGAAGUACUGUGAUGCCUGCUAUUUAAACACAACAAGUAUACAUACUAGUUCCAGACCUGGGUCCAAUACUUUCAAAUAUGAAAUAUGAGCUCGAUUUAGAUUGCAUGGUACAACAGAACCUAUGGAAUAGUCCCAUUAUAGUCCCAAAUGCCAAGCUAAAUCAAGCCCACCUUAAUUACUUUCAAGUAUUUGACCUAGGUUUGGCUGGUAUACAUGGUACUUUAGGGUUCCUAUUAUUAUUGGCAGAAUAGUGAAACAUCUUAAGGUUUUAGUUUUUUUGUGUGUUAAAAAAAAAUUGUGCGCCUAUUCUAAUAUUCUAUUCAAUGGUUCAUACAUAAACUAAUCUCUCCUAUUGUAGGAUCCAUUUAAAGAUAUAAGUAUCAUUAUUCAGAUUCAACCUGAUCACAGAACACAGGGAGCUGGCUCUCUUAUACACUCACUCAGGCUAAUCAACAAUUUUAAUGAAGAUGAUAAUUAACAAUGCGGUCAUAAUAUUGAGCACCAUUCCUAUAUAGUUUUCUCAAGACCUUAAAUUCCAUCCGGGACUUUUGAAUCAACUGAAAAGUCCAUCACUUGCAGAAGUUGCAACACCGCUUAACAAUAUCUUUUGAGUGAUUGACUUUUAAUGCUGAUGAUCAACAUCAAAAUGUCAAUCUGUCACGGCGAUCUGUCAAGUAUUUUUUUAUAAUGCUUAUGGCAUACUACUGCUUCCUUAUUUUUUGGGGGGUCAAAGGCCCUUUUUCAGUUUGACUUUGAAAUAACUGUCCAUUAAAGGUUUUUAAUGCUUUAAAUGUAUUUUUUACUGUAACAUGCAUUUGUUUAUAUAGUGCAUAGUUCUAAUUGAUAAAUGAAAUAAAGCUGUGGUGUAUGUAUAUUCAAGUUUAGAGUCUGGGUCUUAAGCACCCAGCUACUGUAUUAUGUGUUGAAGGACACAUUUUUGUGACUAUUUAUAUUUCCUACUGUCUGUGCAUUCAAACCUGACGCAUUUCAGGUGAUGCAAUUUUAGUAUUGUUUGUACCUUUGCAAAAAAACAAUAAUAAAGAAAGUGAUUGAAAAGCACAAAUA